AUGCAGACUGCUUCUACAAACAUUUGUGAAAGAUUGUGCAAUAAGUCCAUCUGUGAAAUUCCCUUGCUACUAAAUAAUUCACAGUCAAUUGUUAGUGGUAAUAUAACAAAGUGGAAGCAACUAGGAACAAACAGCCAUGAAGUAGUAGGCCACGUAAAAUGACAGGGAGGGGUCAGUGCAUGCUGAAGCGCACAGUGCGCAGAAGUCACCAACUGUCUGCAGAGUUAAUAGCUAAAGACCUCCAAACUUCGUGUGGCCUUCAGAUUAGCACAACAGUGUGUAGAGAGCUUCACGGAAUAUGUUUCCAUGGCCGAGCAGCUGCAUCCAAG